UUUGCAUAUAAGAGGUUAAGAGGGCCUAUGGCCUCGUAUUGUAUGUGUGUGUGUAUGUGUGUGUGUAUAUGUGUGUGUAUGUGUAGAGCUUCUGUUGGCAUCGACUUUCACUUCGGCCUCAGCCAAUUCACCAGCAAACAGCACCUCCGUUACACGACCUCAACAAUCAAUGAGUACGUGACUUUCAAACGGUUCUGCAGUAGGUGUUUAGAAGCCGUCACGACCUUGAUAGUAGAUUUAACUAUACCAUCUUCGCCGGUUGUCGCCGACGUUCCGGCGCCCAAGUCCGCGUAUACAUUUAGGCCAUGGUUGAAGUGAAGUCAGAUUCAGUAGUUGUUCCGCGUUAUUGGGUAUUUCAUACCGUACCUAUUAAGAGAUCAAGAUGUGACACAGGUCAGAGGUGUCGCGUAGCAGGUUUUACGUACUAUGAUAUUACUGAUACAAGGCAGUCCCUCUUCA